AUGAUUGAUUCAGUGGAUGAACUGAGAACAAUUCUGAUCCAUCAAUUAAAAGUCAAGAAUAAUAAAGCAUUGCUGUUGAUGAUCAAUCGAAUGGAAAAGAUUCAUAAAACAUUUUUCAUCACUGAUGAAUUAAUUAAAUACAAACAAAAUCUGCUUCGACUUCUAACUUACCAUAAUUACAAUGUAUCUAAUUAA